AUGGCUGCAAACCUCGCUUCCAGCGACCUCCCACUCGCCAACCCAGUAUGGGGCGCGUUGCCCGUUGAGCAGUACCUAAUCCAAAACUGGUCGGACGAGUCCCCAACCCCGCCCGCCUCCCAGAGGCGCGCCCUCCUUCGCCGGCUGGCCUUCGAGCACGACGCCCUUCCCGCGUCGUGCCGCACGACAUUGUAA